UGGAGUUUGAUGUUUUGUUUACAUCUUUUUAUGUCCCAUAGCAACCAUGCAUUGUUUAGUGGUAAACUCCUAGGUGAAACAAAAGUCGUUGUUAUUUUAUUAAUUUUACAAUUUUUCCGUCAUGAACUGUCCAAAGGACAAUGCUUAAAAAAAUGUUUGAGUGUUGUGUGACUACAAUAAGCUAAGCUGCAUCACUAUGUCUUCAGUUCAGCGUGCAUUCGCUCAUAAAUUAUCUAAGCAACAUGCAGCAGACGUUAGAAAGCAAAUAGCAUCGUCAUAUUCCCAAGAUCUAACAAAAAGUACCACAAAUAUUUCUGGAUUUUCAUCAUCUGCAUCAUUGUAUGAUGUAGUUGACCCACUGGACUAUGAAGAGUUUAUACAGCAACAUCGCAUGUUGCUGGAUCAUGAUGCCUUACAGAAUGUUUUGGAUUUCCCAGAGAACGACAUAGUAGUCCGGAUAAUACCACGAAAAAUCAGGACUCUCUCAUCAAUACUUCCUGAAGAAUCUCUGAAUGAUUUACCACCUCAUGUUCGGGACUGUGUGCAUUGCUACUCAGCUGACUGGAUGGUCAUCAGUUAUCAGUAUCGUAUACACUCAAGUAGCAGUUGGGUACGCGAUCACACUGAAGAAAAGCAUUCUUUAGUGAAAACAAUCCCUCGCCAAGAAUUUGAAGUGGACUAUGAUGAACUGCUUCCAAUGGACAGUUCAAUGGACAUUAGCGUGUUCAAGUCAGAGCAGUCCAUCAACUCAAUUGAUGUCCCUCGUGGCAGUUGGGCUAGCUUUGAUCUACGUAAUUCUGUGAGUGAUCAGUUGAUCACGACGUUGCUAGAACAAGUCCCACCGGAAACCAUGGAUCAGUUGAAUGAGGCUUGCAGACAGGACCAAAGACAGGAUGUACUGUUUUCCUUGUACCCGGCUCAAGACGACGAAGAGUUUGUGGAAAGACGUAUCCCAGCAGAUAUGCCUUCUGAGCCAAUAGCUCAUCGUAUUCUAGUCAAAUGUAUUAGUCUGAAGUUGGAACUUGAAGUGGAACCUGUUUUUGCAUCAAUUGCAUUAUAUGAUGCCAAAGAGAAGAAGAAAGUGUCUGAAAACUUUUAUUUUGAUAUGAACCCAGAGAACUUGAAGCGUAUGUUGACAUCUCAUAUACCAUACAGCGAUGUCAGCACAUUGAGCCGCUCAUGUGUAUUCAACAUUACAUAUCCGUCUUCUGACAUGUUUCUAGUCAUUAAAUUGGAGAAGAUUCUACAAGGGGACAUAAAUGAAUGUGCUGAGCCAUACAUGAAAGAUGACAAGAAUAGGGAGAAGGUGAAAGCAAAUGUGGUUGCCGCAACUGAGAGGUUGGGGAAGUACAGGAUGCCUUUUGCUUGGACAGCCAUCUACGUUGUGAACAUCAUCAAUGGCGUUAACAGCAUGGAACGUGAUUCUGCAAGUGACAAGGAAAUAACUGGUUCCAACAGUUUAGACAGAAAGUCUAGUGGCAGCAGCUUUGACCAGUUCAGGAAACGUGCCAGUGAUAUGGGUUCUCUGACACGGCGAGGUUCUCUUGAAAGGCGCACAAAUUCAGAGAAACGACGGAGCUGGUCUCCAGAAGACUGUAGUUUGAGCUUGGAUACUUUUCGCCCUGUCACUUUAACUGUUUCAAGCUUCUUCAAACAGGAAAGUGAUCGUUUGAGUGACGAAGACCUUUACAAGUUUUUGCAAGACUUGAAGAGACCAUGUUCUGUGAUGAAGAAACUCAAGUGCAUUCCAGGAACUUUAAAGCUGGACAUAUCACCUUGUCCAGAUGAGCUGAAGUAUUGUUUAACUCCCGAGUUGUCUCGACUUCAUCCAUAUCCUGAUGAUAAAGGACGGCCCACCAAGGAAAUUCUGGAGUUUCCUCUUCGAGAAGUUUUUCUGCCACACUACACAUACAGAAAUCUACUCUAUAUUUACCCUAAAGAACUCAAUUUUUCAAGUAGAGCAGGCUCUGCAAGAAACAUAGCAGUGAAAGUUCAGCUCAUGUGUGGUGAAGAUGAAACCUCUGCUCUGCCUGUAAUUUUUGGUAAAUCAUCUUGUCCAGAAUUCACAACAGAAGCAUAUACUACUGUUAGUUAUCAUAAUAGGUCCCCAGAUUUUUAUGAUGAAAUAAAAAUGAAGUUACCAGCAAAUUUAAAUGAACAACACCAUAUCUUAUUUACCUUCUACCAUAUCAGUUGCCAACGCAAACUGGACCAAACCAAUGUUGAAACACCAGUUGGUUAUACGUGGAUGCCAUUGUUCUAUGAAGCUCGCUUGCAGUCAGGAGAGUUCUGCCUGCCAGUGAUGAUAGAACAUCCACCACCCAGCUACUCAUACAUGCAUCCAGACGUACUGCUUCCAGGCACAAAGUGGGUGGAUAACCACAAGGGCAUUUUCUCAGUUGUGAUUUCAGCUGCAUCAUCAGUGCACAUGCAGGAUAGAUACUUAGACAAGUUUAUCAAUCUCUGUAAUAUUUUAGAAGACAAUAAUAUUUCGGCUCGAAUGGGUGAAGUAAAUUUGGAAAAUGAACUUCGUACAAGCAUUUUGGAACUUACAUAUGCCAAGUCUGAACCAUUGGUGAAGUUUUUACCAUUAAUUUUAAACAAGCUGAUUUAUCUGCUUGUCAAACCACCAACAAUACAUGGUCAAGUUUUGAAUCUUGGUCAGACAUCAUUUGAGGCAAUUACAAUGAUCAUCAGGAAUGUUUCAGCACUACAGGAAGGCCAACAUGACAUCCAUGGCCGCCACAGCCUGCUGACAUCAUACAUCACCUACCUGUGCGUCCUGCCACAUGCCAUGCAGGCCGAGUUCCCGCGCUCGACCAGCAAAGUCUACACCACCAUGCCCACAGUCAGGACCAAGCACCAGAGGAGCAAUAGCAAUCCAGAUGUCCAUGCUCUUGUGGAUGAUGAAGAAAUAAACAACUUUGUUCGUGGUCUGGAUCGUACAUCCAGCAUGCGAGCAGGUCCCAGCCAAGAGAAUUUCCUGUACUUCACAUCGAGGUCUUAUAAAAUAGUACAUGAAGAACUGGUUCUCCAGUGGGUUACAUCGAGUGGCAGUGCACGCGAGUAUGCUAUAGCAAACGCAUGGUUCCUUUUUGAUAUGAUCAUACGGAGUAUGGUGGAGCAUUUGGCAGCUUUAGAUAGCUUGGAUGCACCACGUAAGUUGCGCUUUCCAGACCAGUUUAUAGACGAUAUAACAACGCUUGUGAAUUUCAUCACUGGUGAAAUAAUUUCACGUUGCACCAAGGAUGCAAAGUUAAUUCAGAACUUGAACUCCAGUCUGGCCUUCUUUCUGUUUGACCUUCUCUCUGUGAUGGACCGAGGUUUAGUGUUGGCACUUGUCAAAACUUACUACAAGCAGAUAUCAGAAAAAAUCAGCACAGCUGCAGAUUCUGCUGCUGCACUCAUCAGUUUGAAGCUGGAUUUGUUGCGAAUAAUCUGCAGUCAUGAGCAUUUUGUUCCUCUUAAUUUACCAUUUGGAACUCCGUUCACUCCAAGCUCAACUGUAGUUUCGCCAAGUCUUUCAAUUGCUUCAUCUACUAGUCAAUCUUCAUUCAUCUCAACUCUUAUUGGUGGUGACAAGAUUAGUUUUGCUGAACUUUCUCCAGCAUUUAAACAACAGCACUUUUUAAUUGGUCUUGUCCUUAGUGACCUGGCUUCAGUGCUAGAUAUUCAAAACCCUUACCUGCAUGGGAAAGUGGUGAAUAUGAUUCGGAACCUGAUGACUUGCCACGACUGUGAUUCUCGGUAUGCUGAACCAGAGUGCAAAGCUCGUGUGGCAGCAUUGUAUCUCCCGCUUCUUGGAAUUGUAAUGGAUGCACUGCCUCAGUUAUUUGGCUACCAUUGGGAACAGCAAGAAAGUAAUCAAGGGUUACUGAAAACAAAUAUGGGUGACACAGAUUCCCUAAGUGGAAUAAAUCAGUCAGUGGCAAUGGCAAUUGCAGGAAAUGUUGGUUCAAGGAUUGCAACAAGUGAUCACUACAGUCAUUAUCAGCAGAACCGCAAGUAUGGAUUGAGUAGUGAGACAACACGUAAUUUACUAAUAUGUUUCCUGUGGGUACUGAAAAAUGUGGGAAAAAGUAUCUUAAAACAGUGGUGGAUGGAGCUGUCAGCUCAUUCUUUCCACCAACUUUUGGAAGUUCUCGAUAUCUGCAUCUUCUGUUUUGAAUAUAAGGGAAAGAAAAUAGUGAAGAGAAACAAUGUUCAAAAUUAUUGUAAAACAUCUGAUAUCAAGUCACGGCUAGAAGACGUUAUUCUUGGGCAGGGUUCAGCCCGAAGUGAAAUGAUGAUGAGGAGAAAAGAGAGAAAUCCUCCAUCACCUGGAUGGCCUUGUGACAGACUGCGCUGGCGAAAGGAACAGAUGGCCUACCGGCCCAAUUUGGAGUUGGGGAGGCCUCGAGUAGAGGUGGAGACAGAUGCACACAUAGAAGGAAAUUUGGCCACAGAAGUGAGCUUCAUAAUCCUGGACACAUUGGAACAUAUUGUACAGAUGGCAUCUCAGUUGGACAGUUUGCAAGGCCUUUUGGGAUCUGUUCUCAAAGUUUUGCUCCAUGCGUUAGGCAGAAACCAGAGCACUUGUGUAUUGCAGAACAUGUUUGCAACUCAACGCUCACUGGUUUUUAAGUUCCCCAACCUGCUGUUUGACGAAGAAACAGAGCAUUGUGCUGAUCUCUGCCUGCGACUGCUCAAGCACUGUAGUUCCAGCAUGGCCACGGUUCGCUCUCAAGCAUCUGCGUCACUCUACAUGCUCAUGAGACAAAACUUCGAAAUUGGAAAUAAUUUUGCUCGUGUGAAAAUGCAGGUUACAAUGUCCUUAAGUUCACUUGUUGGCACAAGUUCAUCAUUCAAUGAAGAUUCUCUUCGUAGAUCAUUGAAAACAAUACUAGUGUAUGCAGAAGAAGACAACUUACAGGGUACUACAUUUCCUGAACAAGUAAAGGAUCUAGUUUUUAACCUGCACAUGAUUCUUUCGGACACAGUGAAGAUGAAGGAAUUUCAGGAAGAUCCAGAAAUGCUUCUAGACCUAAUGUACAGAAUUGCAAAAGGUUACCAGAAUUCGCCAGAUCUUCGCUUAACGUGGCUUGCAAAUAUGGCACAGAAAAAUGCAGAGAGAAACAACCAUACGGAGGCAGCCAUGUGCCUGGUGCAUAGUGCUGCUCUGGUCAUGGAGUACCUACACAUGCUAGAAGACCAAGUCCACCUGCCGGUUGGAGCUGUAGGGCUGGAGAAGGUGUCUCCUAAUGUCUUGGAGGAAAGUGCCGUAUCGGAUGAUGUCCUCAGCCCAGAGGAGGAAGGGAUUUGCCUGGGCAACUACUUUACCGAGACAGGCCUCGUGGGACUACUGGAGCAGGCAGCCAGCUCCUUCCAUUCUGCUGGCAUGUAUGAAGCAUUAAAUGAAGUAUAUAGAAUACUUAUACCAUUUGCAGAAGCCAGUAGAGACUACAAGAAACUAGCUCAUAUCCAUGGGAAACUGAAAGAAGCAUUCACACGGAUAGAGCAGUUACAAGGGAAGCGUGUUUUUGGCACUUAUUUCCGUGUUGGGUUUUAUGGCACAAAAUUUGGUGAUCUGAGCGGAGAGGAGUUCAUCUACAAAGAACCAACCCUGACAAAGCUGCCAGAAAUUUUCAGCCGACUUGAGAAUUUUUAUGCUGAGAGAUUUGGUGCUGACAAUAUUGUAAUCAUCAAAGAUUCCAAUGCUGUUGACCUCAGUAAUCUGGACCAUGAGAAAGCAUAUAUUCAGAUAACAUAUGUGGAACCAUACUUUGAAUAUUAUGAAGCUAGGCACCGUAUCACAUGCUUUGAACGGAAUUUCAACAUAAAGAAGUUUGUAUAUGCCACACCAUUUACUACAAGUGGGCGUGCUCAUGGAGAACUGCACGAGCAAUACAAACGCAAAACAAUUCUCACCAGUGCCAACCAUUUUCCUUAUGUCAAGACUCGAAUUCAAGUAAUUCACAGAAAACAGAUUGUGCUUUCUCCCAUUGAAGUUGCAAUUGAGGAUAUUGAGAAAAAGACUAUGGAGUUGGCACAAGCCACACUACAGGAACCUCCAGAUCCAAAAAUAUUGCAGAUGGUUCUCCAAGGUUGUAUCGGAACCACUGUGAAUCAAGGACCAAUGGAAAUUGCAAAUGUUUUUCUGUCAAAUUUAUUAGAUGGUCAAAAGUCUCCAACCAAACUUCAAAACAAGCUUCGGCUGUGUUUCAAGGACUUUUCUAAAAAGUGUUUAGAUGCUUUAAAGAAAAAUAAAAAUUUGAUUGGCCCAGACCAGAAGGACUAUCAGCGGGAACUGGAGAGAAAUCACCAGCGUUUUACAGAACGUUUGCUGCCACUCAUCUCGGUGGGCAGUUUCAACAGACCUCAAAAUUCUAAUUGAAGAUUUUUCAUUCAGAGUUAAUUGUUUAUUCCAAUUGAUGUUUACUUUCAUGUUAUUAAUUUAAUAUUGUCAACUCUCUAUUUUAAAGAAAUAAUCAUUUUUAAUGCAUAUUUUAAUUAUUUUAUUUCAGCUGUUAGAUUUUUUUUAUCUUCAUCAGGAGUGUUUUGUUGUUUUAAAUUAACUAAAAGCUUUUACAAAGAUGCAAGUAUUAUAGUUAAGUAAUUGUAAUUUAGAGUUUAAUUUUUAUUUUUCAAUUAUAAACAAGCAUUUGAUGCUUUUCUUUAUGAUAUAGUGCAAUAUUUUUUGUGUGAAUAUUUAAUUUCUUAAGUGAGCUAGAAUAGAUUAAUCAGUUACAUUUUGAAAGGCUUAAAUGAUGUAAGUUUUUUGUUGAAGGGAUGAUGCGUAGGAUACAUUUACAAUUUAAAUUUAUUUAAUUCGUACAUUUGCUUAUAUUUUUCAUAUUUUCAUGAGGCAAAUUAAAUAAAUGCAGGUGGUAAUAGUAAGAGUCAAAACAUUCAUAAUCUCUCAUGAUUACCAGUAACUUGAUUACUUGGAGGUAAGUAGUGUAACACAGAAUUUUCAUCUUAUCCAAAUCCAUAGAUCAUGUGCAAGAGGUAAUCCUUAAUCAUAAAAUCUCAUAAACCAGGACAGUGGAAUCUACGGGAUAGUUGAGUUUCCACCAUACACAAAAUUUUUCAGAUGGUUGUAACUAUCCUAAGGGCCUGAAUUCAUUAAAAAACAACACAAAAUUAUAUCAAAAUAAAAAUUUAUUUAGAAACAAAAAAUACAUAAAGUUGCAACUAGGCAGUAUUUUCAAUUUAAAUCUCAAAUUAAACUUUAUGUAAACAUAAAUUAAAUUACCAACUUGACUUCCGACUAAAUAUAAGUUACUGAAGGGAUUGUUAAGAAUCUAAAUCUGGAACUUAUUGAUUAGGCUUAAAAUUAUCUUACAAAACAAAAAGUGUGCUUAGACGUAAACAGAACUCUCAAGGGAGAAAUCUCCCGUGAGUAACGAGCAACAUAUGGUUUACAUUGCCACUGACCCAGACUCGUUUCAACUGAUCUGCCCAUCAACCACACUGUGCCUCGACUCAUUUACUGAGUUAAAUUGACUGAGCCCUGCCAAAAUGCUCAUACCCCCUUAAAAUCUAUUGCUUACUGGCCCUGACGCACAGCUACACCACUUCCUGACCCUAAAAUGGUAUGUGGGUCGUGCAUGCUACCUUGCCCUCAUUUCCUGUACAGCCACCAGCCUAUUAAACGAACUGAUAACCACACCCAGUGUCUGAACAGCAGGUACCAAAAAAAAAUUAAAACUUCACUGCACUGGAAAAUUUACAAGAGUGACAAUAUCCACAAAAUCUUUUCAUCUAGAAUAAUGUUUACCUCUCAUACUGUCAAUAAAAUGAUAGGCAACAACUAAAAGACGGUUACAUGCUGUGAACAGUUAAAACACCAAAGUUUUAUAGGAAAGUAGUUGUCCCAAAAGAACAAAAUCUUGUUACAUAAUUAAAAACAAUUUUGGCAUUAUAACUAUGUUUUUGUUUUCUUUUGGCAUAAUGUUUAAUAAUGGAUAUUGUAGAAAAUGAAUUAAUGCCACUUUUGUGUAGUGCUUGUAUCAUUAGCUGUCGUGCUUGUAUCAUUCAUUAUUUGUCCUUUUAUUCGUGUUAUUUACGUAAUAUACAUUUACAUCUCCCUGGUAAGAUUUAAUCCAUCAAAUUAUAAUAUAGAAUGGAUAUAACUUUUGAAUAGAAACUUCUUUUGAAACUUUAUAAGCUGCAGUAGCAUAAGUUUGGUUGAUUCAUCCCUAAGCAAGAAGCCAAGAAUCCACAGCAAGGGAAACAUUAAAUUUUCAUGCUAAUGAGUUCUUUUUAACCAACAUAGAGACUGUUCAAAGUAUUAUUAAAACUGAAUUCUGCUACUUUCUAGAUCAAUGGCUUAAUAAGUACUCAUCCAUAACAUUUUGCAAAUAUUCUCUGCACUUUUAUGUGAAGAUAAUUUGCAUUUAAGUUGGCCUUGUAUUUCACUUACAUAUUUACAUAUGUAUUAUAUAUUUAUUGUUGAUAGUUAGAAGCAGAGGUACAAGUUUAAAAAUAUUAUCAAUACAAGUACUGAAAAAUAUUUGUUUUCGCAUUUUAUGUGUAUGGUAUUAGGGUUACCAUAAUAGGUUAAGAUGAAAUACAGACAGUGAAGAUUUGAGGCAUCCAGAUUCAUUUUGAAACAAAAGAAAUAAUUAAGGCAAGAUUUGAAAAAAAAAUGCUAUGAAAGUCGUACUUGUAUUAAUUUAUUUUACAGCCUUUUAACUCUUCCCAAGUGCUUAUAUGUGUGCAUUUACCUGAGCAGAAAUACCACUACGAAUACGGUACACAGAAAUACUGCCAUUAUAAAUAAAAGUUUGUCGUAAAGUUAUUAUUUGCUUAUCAAAUACCAUCCCAGUUGAUAGUCAAAACAAAAAAUUAUUUGCUGAUUUUAUUUUCCCACCCCCAAGUAUGGUAGGUGACAUAUAGCCUCUGAACACCGUCUGUACUUAAUACGGGUUUAUGUUGACCCUAAUUGUAUUGACUUUAUAGUAUUUAAAUUAUAUUUUAUCAGUUGUACAUAAAAUUCAGUAUGUGGAAAAUUAUAUUUUGACAUUUAGUGUCUUAAGCCUAUUUUAAGAAAAAUAAUUUCUGCAUUUGUACGUCUAUCAAUUCUAGAAUCUUGUGUUCAUUAGCAUUUAAAAGCUGUAUGUUUAUGAAUAAAUUUUUAUAAACUUGG